AUGGUGUUGGUACAAAAUAUAUAAUACGUGAUUGUAUAGUAAUAAAAAUAUAGAUUUUAAGGGGGAGCUGGUUAUACUGCUAAUUAUCAUUAGAAAGUUCGAGUGUUGAAAUACUAAACCAAAUUAUUUUAACCAAUACUUUGCAAUUUUAUUAGAUUUUCUUAGAAACUUGAAUAUAGAGGUUUACCUCGACCUAUGUUUUCAAUAGAAUUUACUAUUGAUUCAUAAGUUUAUACAUCUAGUGGAUAAAUUCUCAUAAGCAAAUCUAUAUAAAACAUAGAAUUAUAUAUAAAUUGUAAUUGUAUCAAUGGUAAAAAAAUAAUAAGUAAAUUUUUUAAAUGUGAAAAUUGUCCUAUAAACAAAAAUAGUUAUUAAUUUUAACAUUCUUGUUAUGGUGCAAUUAAUUUAUUAUUUAUUAAUGCAAGAUUUAUUAUAUAAACAAAUGCUAUUUAAUAAUUAUAAAUUGAUAUCACUCCUCAAAGUUGUAAAAUUACAUAAUUAAUAUUCAAUUAAUAAAUAUAAACUUUUGUAAUUGUAGAUAUAUAAAUGAUUGAUAAUUGA